AUGAAAAGGAACAAGCAAAGUAAAGCAGGUCCUGCAACACCUGUAACGACCAAAAAGGAAGGUCAGAAAAGAACAAACACAGUCAAGCAGGAUGCUAUAACCAAAAAGAAGAAAAUUUCUGAGGAGGAGAGUCAGCCUCCCUGUCCCUCAGGAGCCAGCACAUCUGCAGCUACGGAUCACCCCCAACUUCCCCAACUCUCAUCACCAACUCGCUCCUCCACUUCCUUAAAUGAGAAUCAGGAACAGCAGGCCCAACGUCAAGCAUCUGCCAAAAAACAUGUUCUUGAAAAGGGCCCAUUGAUAGUGAUGGUACUGAAAGCAACAGAGCCAUUUAAAUAUGAGUCUACAGAAAAGGAUAAAAACAUGAUGUUUCAUGCUAUGGUGGUUACAGAGAAUAAAUUCUUCCAAGUGAAGGUUUUUAAUACCAAUCUGAAGGAGAAGUUCACCCCUAGAAAUUUCAUUGCCAUAACAGAUUAUUUUGAAUGCAAAGGAUUACUGGAGAUAAAUGAAGUAUCAUCUGUAUCUGAAGUUGGUCCUGAUCAAAAAUUUGAGGUCCCAACAAGAAUCAUCAAAAGAGCAAAAGAAACUCCCCAGAUUGAUAAUCUUCAAAAGCAAGCAUCAGGAACAUUAGUGUAUGGGCUGUUUAGGUUAAAUAAGAAAAAAGUGAACAUAAAGAACACAAUCUAUGAAAUACAAGAUGAUACAGGAAAGAUGGAAGUAGUGGGGAAUGGAAAAUGGCAUAACAUCAAAUGUAAGGAAGGAGAUAAGCUUAAACUCUUCUGCUUUGAACUGAGAACAAUUGACUACAAGUUGAAACUGAUAUGUGGAAUUCAUAGUUUAAUUACGGUCACAAGAGUUGGAAAAACAAGAAAUGAAUUUAAAUUAAAUCUAGAACUUAAAAUAACAAAUUCCGUUCCCAACCAAUGA